AUGACAGUCGAUAAAAUUAUAUUAGGAUCUUCAUCUGUUUGGAGAAAGAAGGUAUUAAGUGAUCAUAUCGGUAUUAAAGAUUUCACUGUUAUGUCACCAGACAUCGAUGAAAAGGCAAUUAGAGAUACAGAUGCAAGAAAACUUACAAUGAUGAUCACACAAGCUAAAACCGAUGCACUUUUAGAUAAAGUACUGGAACCAUCCAUUUUGAUUUGUUCAGAUCAAGUCAUCGUUUGUAAUAAUAAAAUUAGAGAGAAACCAGUUUCAGAAGAAGAAUGUAGAGAAUAUUUAAAGAGUUAUGAAAAGUAUCCUGCGGAAUGUAUUGUAAGUGUUGUUGUUGUAAAUACAAAGACAGGAAAGCGUUUGGCACAGACCGAAGUUGCAGUGGUACAUUUUAAGCCAUUGCCAGACGAACUCAUUGAAAAGCUGAUUGAGAUAGGUGAUGUUAUGUAUUGUGCCGGUGGAUUCACCAUUGAACAUAUGACCGAAUACGUUGAGCGUAUCGAUGGUGAAAUGGAAACCGUCAUGGGUCUACCAAAAACAAUGACAAUCGAUAUGAUUCGUCAAGCUCAACAAGAAAAUCGUUAUUCUUAUGGUUAUCGUCGUUUUGGACACCAAGAAAAUUCAAUCAUAGUUGCUAAAAUCAUUGCUGUCUAUGAUAAUCCUCCAAGAAUUUAUUAUAAAUCUGAAAAAAAGGCAAGAGAGAAUCAUCAGAAACAGGUACAGGAAGCAUAUAAUAAGCGUGCUGCCAUUGCAAGAGGUGAACUUUCGUGUACACCUGCAGAAACACAAGAUUCAAGUUCUUACUCUCGAUGGGGAGAGAGAGAUUUGGAGGAAGAUGACAUCGCUUCCAUAUAUGAACGUGAUAAAAUUGUCUUUGAAAAGAAUAGAAGAUCCUCCAGCAAGCGUUACAGUGUCGCGGUGGAGCAGGAUCAUGGUGCACCAACCAUACAUCGUGACUACGAAGAGAUCUUCUCACGUGAUGAACAAUACGAAGUGAGAAUCAUCACUGAAGACGAAUACAAACAGCUCUCACAGCAACGCGCAGACCUCAAACUACUGAAUCAAUUCAGAAAACAAGAAAUCAUUGACAACGAACUCAAGAAAGAACAAAAAUCAAACAAAUCAAAAAACAACAACAACAACAACAAACCAUGUGGAUUUACAAUUAAUGAUAACAUAGUAAAACAACAACUAUUAAGCUAUUUAAAGAAUAAUAAGGUAAUACAAAAUAAUGGAAAUGGAAAUGGAAAUGGAAGUGGAUAUGGAAAUGGAAAUGGAUAUGGAAAUAGUAUAAAAAAUAGUAAUAGUAAUGAAGAUGGUGAUGAUGUAAAUUAUUAUAGCGAUGAAGAAGUGGAUGACAAUGAUAAUUCAUCAUCAUCAACAUCCUCUUUGGCAUUUGAAAGAGUUUAUUUGUCAAGAGGUGCACAAAGAGAUUUCUUGGAUGACGAUGAUGAUGAUGACGCUAGUUUUGGUGAUACCGAUAGCGAUGUCUAUUCCAAUAUUCUGUACGGUGGUAAUGCUACACCCGAUUUCUACUAUCAAGGCUAUGCUGUCGACUAUGAGAAUGCGCUCAACGACGACGGUGUCAUCAAGGAUGACAUUGACUAUGACGAAGAGGAAUUCAGCUAUUCCCUGACAACAAAGGAACUGGAAGACUGGGAAAAGCUGAAAGUUCAAUACAACUUCAGUAGCAACGAACAACUCCAAGAGGAAUACGUCAAACUCUCCAAUCUCUUUGAGAGUAACUACAUUCCAAAGUAUGAAUUCAUCAUAAGAAGAAAUACUCUUUGUUCUCAAUAUUCAAAUAAUAAAACUAUAAAUAUUUUGUAA